CGGCCGAUUCUAUGGCCGAUUCCGUCCGAAACUCGAGAUGAACUUCCAGCAGCGCGACGAUGCUUGGGCUCUUUUGUUGAGUGCGGCUUCAUGAAUCCCCCGUUUGAUAACCCAUGUCGCGAGGAAAACUCAGAAUGGUCCCCGAAGUGUGCGGCGACUGCGGUGCUCCGGACCCUGCCUGGGCGUCCAUGAACCGGGGUGUGCUUCUCUGCGAGGAGUGCUGCAGCGUGCACCGCUGCCUGGGGCGCCACAUCUCGCAGGUGAAGCACCUCAAGAAGGGGGCCUGGUGCCCGGGACAGCUCACGAUGGUGCACGCGCUGCACACGAGCGGAGCCAACUCCAUCUGGGAACACCUGCUGUUGGAGCCUGGCCAGGGCAAGGGGGCCCGCCGCAAACCCAGUGCCGACGACUGCCUGCACCCGACCAAGGCAGACUUCAUCCGGGCCAAGCACCAGAACCUGGCGUUUGUGCACCGCCCCGGCAGGGACGAGGAGCCCUCCCAGGAGGACCUUAGCCAG